CGCCUGACGAUCGCCAUGGACGACGCGUUGUUGGACGCUGUGCGCAAGAACCACUUGAGUGAGGUCGAGCGCUUGCUUGGCCAAGGCGCCAACGUCAACAGCACCGACAAGGAUGGAAGGACGCCUCUGUACAUGGCGUGUUGGUACGGCCAUGACAACAUCGCUCGCUGUCUCCUGGCGAAGGAAGCUCGUAUCGAUCAAGCAAAGGCCAGUGGAGCCACACCAUUGUACAUUGCGUCUGAAGAAGGCCAUCUCGCCGUGGUCGAGCUGCUCAUCGCGAAGGGAGCAAGCAUCGAUCAAGAAGAGACCGGUGGAGCCACACCAUUGCACGGCGCGUCUUACAAUGGUCAUCUCGCUGUGGUCGAGCUGCUCAUCGCGAAGGGAGCAAGCAUCGAUCAAGCAAAGAACGUACAGUGGAGCCACACCAUUCCCAACACCACGCUUCUUGACUCGUCUGGGAUCGGCCUUGCGCACCUCGCUGUGCGCGGUGAUAUCAUACAGCUUCUCAACACGCUCCUGGACCCACGUGGCCCAGCCCUCACUGCACGCAACCAGAACAACGAGACGCCAUUAAUGCUGGCCAUCAAGCUGCGCCACCGCAUCUUUCCGCAGCGCAUCUACCAUGCGUUGCAUCCCAGCUUCGACAACGUGCCCGAGGGCGAGAUCCAAGUCGAUAGUAAUCGAGUACUUGGCCAAGGCCACUACGGAAUUGUCUACGAAGGCACGUUUCGCGGGCUGCGUGUGGCCGUCAAGAAGGGUCCAUCUUCCGCUGCCUUCAGCCUUCAAAAUGAGAUCAACGCCAUGGAGAGAUGCAACUCGCCGUAUCUGCUUACGCUCAUCGCGGUCUCGGGGCGGUAUACUAAUUAUCCCCAGCUCGUGCUCGAGUACAUGGACGGCGGCAACCUCCGCGAGUACCUCGACAAGAAGCGAGAGGGUGAGUCGGUCCCGAUCGAGUACUCGACGCUGGACGUGGCGUGGGUGAUGGCGAAUGCGCUUGCGGACCUGCACUGGAAAGGUUACGUCCAUCGCGAUCUCAAGAGCCACAACGUCCUUCUCUCUUCCGAGAGUUAUAUCAAGGUCGCCGACUUUGGCACGGCAAGAGCGGCUGACCGCAACCUGACGGCAAAUACCGGCACACUGGCAUGGACUGCGCCCGAGGUCUUUUCAUCGACUGCGACGUCCACAUACGACUCUGCGGCCGACAUUUACUCGUUUGGCGUCGUCUUGAUCGAGCUCGUGACGCUCCAAGAGCCGUACGCAGACGUGAAUUUGAUCGAUGUCCUAGUACGCGUUCGCGACGGCUCGUUGCGUCCGAACGACAACUUGUCCAACUUUGUCGACUGCCCUGCGUGGCUCGUCCAGCUCAUUGACGACUGCGUGGCGUUCAAUCCGACGCGGCGCCCGACCGCCAACGCGAUCCUCAACCGUCUUUCGCAGCACAGUGCCGUCGACCACGACGCGCCAUUCGCCGUGGACCGAACGACAACGGUGACGUGGACCAGUAGCCUGGGAAACCUUCUUCGGCUCUGGUAGUCGAUGCUUCCGUUUGAUGCAGCAGAAGAUUACUUGUCGCAGUCUAGCCAAUAUGUAUAUAGCUCAGUAAUGUGCUUCGGCGUGGUCGAAAGAUCGAUAAGACACUCUUGCCGUUGAGCGUGA